AUGGCGCCCAAGAAGCGCAAGGCGGGUGCAGCGCCGAAGGCGCGGGCCCGGAGCACGAUCGAGCGGAGCGUGCUCACGGAGUGGAAACCCCCGCCGGCGUCCAGCGAGGUGUGCGGCGCGUGCUUGCUGCCCCUGGAGCCCGAGGCGGACGUGGGCCGGCUAGACAGUUGCGCCCACGCGUUCCACUUCGCCUGCGCCGAGAGAUGGUCGCAGACGGAGAACUCCUGCCCGCAGUGCAAGCUGCGUUUCUUCUGGCUCGCCCGCUACGCGCCCGCGGGCGCGCGCUGCUCCCUCGACAGGGUGCAGCAUCGCGACCAGGAGGGCGAAGAGGAGGAGGGGUUCGAGACGAUCCAGGCCUGUGAGGUGUGCAAGGAGGUUGGCGACGAGGCGGCGCUGCUGCUGUGCGACGGCAUGCACGGCACCUGCAACUCGGCCUACCACUACGCCUGCGCGGGCCUGAGCGCCGUGCCGCGGGGCGCCUGGUUCUGCCCCGACUGCCUCGAGCGCGGCUUCGACGUCGACUCGCGCGGCCGCCGAGGCCAGAGGCGCUGGGCGCAGAGCACGCCGGGCGAGCCCGAGGGGAGUUCCCGCGCGGUCGCGUUGGCGGACGAGCCCGCGCCGGCGCCGCAGGCGCCCCAGGCGGGGCCCGUGCACCCCUUCGACCCCCCGCGGGCGGUGCGGGCUGGCCCUCCGCCGCCGGCCGCGGGCGCGCCGAGGCAGCGGCCCAGCCGCCCGGGGGCACUGCCGCCGCACCUGCGGCUCGGGGCGCUGACCUGCGUCACGCCCCUGGUGGACCUGCCGGCAUUCCGGGCGCCUGCUGCGGGCGGCCAGCCGAGCCGCCGCGUGGCUGCGCGGCUGGCGCUGCUGGCGAUCUGCGCCGCGGCCCUGGGAGGCGCGAUGGCGCGGCGGGCGGAGGCCUGGUGCGUCCUUGCGCGCCGGCGCUUCGAGGUCGAAGUGCCCCUGCACGCGUGGACGCGGCGCUUCGGGGCGGGCGCGGCGCUCCACGGGGUCAGCCUGCUGGCGUUUCCCGGCCCGCGGUGCGGGGGCAACGGCUGGCACCGCGCGACCCUCGCCCUGGCCCUCGUGGCCUACUACGCCACGGUCUUCGUGCAGUGGCACCUCCUGGUCCUGAGGCUGCGCGCGCUGGGGCGGCCCUGCCUCGCCGCGGCGGCGCGGGCGGCCUGCCUGCUGGGCGCGGCCAGCGCGGCCGCGUGCCUCGGCCUGCUGUCCGCGGGUGCGAUGGCUAUCCUGGAGGAGGACUUCGCGAAGUUCCCGGCGGUGCUCGGCCUCCUCCUGUUCCACUGCUGCCAGGGCGUGGGGUUCUGCUGCGGGGCCUGGGGGCUGCUGGCUGGCGCCGCGCGCGCCGCGCGCUCCAGGCGCGCGGGGUCGGCCCGGGCGGCUGCGUGGGUGGGCAUGGCGGGCGUGCUUGCGCUGUCGUCCCUGCUGCUGUCCUACGCGCAGUUUACGUUGUUCUGGCACAGCUCGCAGGUUCUCUGGGCCGCCGCCUGGGCCUACGACAAUGCCCUCAAUUGCCUCUCCGCGGCGCUCCUGUCGGGCCUGGUGGGGCCGCCCGAAUUGCGGCGCUUGGCAGAUGAGGCCUUUGAGCGGAUCAACUCGUACGGCGAGGGCCAGCUGCAGGCCUUCUACCUGGAGUACCUGGAGUACCUGGAUCAGGCGCAGGUGAAGUGGGUGCGCUGCGGGUACCUCAGGCGGCUGGCCGAGGCCGGGUCCACCAUGGUGCGGUACCAGGAGGUGCCCGCCAGCGAGGCGGUGGUCGGUCGUUUGGGCUUCCCGCGCGCCAGGGGCGAUCCCAAGCACAGAUUCGUUCUGUCGCACCCAUGGCUGUCAAAGGAGCAUCCGGACCCGAGCGGGAUGAAGCUGCGGCAGCUGGUUCAGCAGCUGGACCUCCUGGAAGCCUCCGACGACGAUGCGGUCUUUAUCGACUACAUGGGGCUUCCUCAAAACGACAAGCAGCACCCAGAGUAUCAGAGCCUGGAGCGGGAGGGCAGGGUGCCGAAGCCAGGUGAGCACCCAGCUGUCCGCACAGUGGCGGAAGAGGCGUUGUUCCAGAAGGCGUUGAGCUCGAUGGAGCUGAUGUAUAGCAUGGGUAACACUCCUGUCAUCGUUCUGCCAAUGGACGACGAGCUUGAUACCGGCCAUGAGUACUUGGCGCGAGGCUGGUGCUUCUUCGAGUUCUCCCUCGCGUUCAGUUUUGGAACUAUAGGGAAUGCUGAUUUCCAUGCCCCUGUGAACACAAUGCUCACGAGAGCUGCCGACUUGAAAGUUGACACAGUGGAUGGUUUCCAAAAGGGAUUUAAAUCGACCCGGUUCACCAACAAGGGUGACCAGACAACGGUCUUCAAUCUCUUCGAGCAGACUUUGAACAAGAGCUGCACCCGGAGAGUUCCUUCGACGGUCUGCCUCUUUCCAGCUCCGACCACCUUCCUCGACCUCGGCCUCCUCGGCACUCGGGAGGCCGAGAAGUUCGAUGAGCGCGUGGCUAUGGAGACGCGGGAGGUCGAGGCCUUCGCUCUGGAACGCCCGUGGAUCUCGCCGGCCGCGCGAGGCUCGUGGCGGCCUGUGCCUCGGUGGGACGGGGCUCCCGGCCGGGCGGAGCGGGCCUCGCCCAUCCUCGGGCUCUCGGAGUCCCUUGGAGCUCUGGGGCUCUUUGGAGGUUCUACCUGGUUCUACGAGGGCGAGAUAGAGGAGGUCACCUCGGCGCAGGUUGCGUGCCUCCCUGGUCCCUCCCUGGCGCCCAUGGUUCCUCCCGAGCGGCUCGGCGUGUGUAAAGGCGGCGGCUACUCGGACGCCCUGGCAGUGCGCGCGGCCGCGGCGGCCGACGCGACGCCUCCCGCGGAGGACGGGGCCGCGGUGUCGCCGGCGGCGCCGCAGACAGGCACGCCGAGCAGCUGCUUCCUGGCGGCGCCCCGGGCGGCCGGCGUCGCGGCCGCGCUGGCCCUUCUAGUGGCCACCUGCGGCCUCCUGGCGGCCGGGGGGGCGGCCCCGUGGCGCGGCCGCGCGGCGGCGCAGGAUGCGCCGCACCGCCGGGAGCGGCCCGGGCAGGCCCUGGUCCGGCGCCCGGCGCCCGCGGCGCCCGGCGCCCGCCGUGCGGAGCAGCACCCCCCGGCGGAGCUGUGCGGCGGCAUGGAGGAGGACGUCGACAUCUGGACCUGGGCGCAGCUGGCGGAGCUCCCCGGCGUGGCGGGCGGGAGGGCCUGCCGGGACGAGUGCUCGGGGGACGCCCGCUGUGCCGCCUGGACCUGGGGCAGCGAGAGGGGCGUGGAGGGCCUGACGGACGUGUGCUUCCUCAAGGGCCUGAAGCCCGGCGUGGCGCCCCAGAGGCGCCCCACGCUCGGCGUCGUCUCCGGCCUCCGCUGCGGCGGCCCGGGCGGCGGCGGCGGCGCCGGCCCCGCGGGCGCGGGCGGGGCGCAGGGCUCCGCGGGGCGCCCCGGGCUGCCGCCGGGCGGCGGCGGCGACGACUCCCUCUUCUGCUUCUCCGUGAUGCUGCCGGAGGGCUACGAGCGCGGGCUCGUGGAGGUGCAGCACCAGAGGAACAUCAGCAUCUUCGCCUGCGAUGGCUGGUCCGUCUACAGCAGCCGCGAGGUGGAGGUGGCCCCCGGGCUGGUCACCGGGAAGGUGGGCAGCAACCUGACGUGCGGCUACGGGGGCGAGUUCAAUACUGCUCUGAAUCUGGAGAUCUUCAUGCUUGUUUGGGUGAAGGUUAUUAGCGAUGGAGCGUUUCACAACUUCGGCUGGACAGCCAAGGUUGACCCCGACUCGGUGUUUUUCCCCGACCGUUUGCGCAUGGUGGUGCGACGCCACAUGGAGGACGCCGCAAGUCCCAGCGGGGUUUAUCUGAACAACUGCAAGUUCGGCUUGCACGGCCCCCUGGAGGUCUUCUCUCGGAACGCGGUGGAGACGUGGGCGAAGGGCUCUGCGCACUGCGUGAGUCACUUCAACGAAGCGUGCUCUGGGGACUGCAUGUGGGGAGAGGACCUGUUCAUCGACCAGUGCCUGUGGAAGGUGCUCAACGUGAGCCGCGAGGACGACGACGCGCUCCUCGUUGAAGACCACUGCCAGCCCCCCGAAGGUUGGGAGUCAUGCGAUAAUAGUACUUUUGUUGCGUAUCACCCCUUCAAAGAAAUUUCCUCUUACGAGGCUUGUUGGGGGAAUUCGCAAAGCGGUGGAGUGGAUGCAUUCCACGCGUGA